AUGGCGGGGCCGCGGGACCCCGCGGAGCGCUGCUCCUGCCGCAACACCGACUGCGUGGAGCGGCCGCUGCGCCGGCUCUUCGAAGGGCUGGCGAGCGGCGUGGCCGCCUGCCCCUGGCCCUUCGUGCUGGUGCCGCUGCUGCUGUCGGGCGGGCUGGGUGCCGGCUUCCUCUUCCUGCCGCAGCUGCAGGCGAACGACAUCGAGGGGCAGUUCACGCCGACCUGGGGACCCGCCAAGGCCGAGCGCGACUUCGUGCGGCGGCACUUCCCCCCCGACGACUCGGAGCGCUUCUCCGCCCCGCGGCUGCCCACCGAGGGCGCCUACGCCGCGCUCAUCGCCGUGGCGACCGGCGGGACCUCGGUCCUGGAGCCGGCGCCGUGGGCGGAGGUGCUGCGGCUGAACGCGACCGUGCACGACGCCGAGUACGAGCGGCUCUGCGCCCGCACCCCCGAGGGCUGCGCCAGCCCCAACCCGCUGCUGUCCCGGCAGGGCGGUGCGGGAUCGUCCGGCCCGGGGAGACUCCGCUUCCCCGUCAAUGACAGCGUCUUCCUGGGGACCGCGCUGGGCGGCGUGGAGACGGACGGCGGGUGGGUGCGCACGGCGCGGGCCCUGAAGCUGGUGUAUUACCUGCGGGAGGACGGCCCCGAGGCGCAGGACAGCCGGCAGUGGCUGGAGAGCUUCCUGCGGGACAUCUCGUCCAGAGUGGCGGAGCUGCGCCUCGGCUCCAUUCAGGUGACUUACUUCACCUCGUUGUCCAGACAACGGGAGUUUGAAGGAAACACCAAGAGUGUGAUCCCGCUCUUCUCCGUAACGUAUUUCCUGACGAUCACCUUUGCAGUCAUCUCUUGCCUGAGACUGAGCUGUAUAAGAAAUAAUAUCUGGCUUGCGAUCUGUGGAGUGCUUUCUUCUGGCUUAGCUGUAUUAAGCAGCUUUGGAUUGAUGCUCUUCUGUGGAGUGCCAUUUGUGGUCACUGUAGCAAAUGCACCAUUCCUGAUUCUGGGGGUUGGUGUUGAUGACAUGUUCAUCAUGGUUGCUUCUUGGGAACAAAGUUCAAGGAAAAAAGAUAAAUCCAAUGUUAAAUCUCUGCUGGCUGAGACUUAUGCAGAGGCAGCACUUUCUGUGACCAUCACCACUCUGACAGAUGUUUUGGCCUUCUUCAUUGGCACCUGGACUGCUUUUCCAUCCGUGAGGUCUUUUUGCCUCUAUACGGGCACAGCUUUUGUCUUCUGCUAUGUAUAUACCAUGACCUUCUUUGGGGCAGUUCUGGUAUUAAAUCACAAAAGGGAGCAAGGGAACCGACACUGGCUGACUUGUAUGCGUGUGGAUGGAGGUAAAGAUCAGGAUGAGAGCUCCUGCUUGUACAAUGCUUGCUGUAUUGGCAGCUGUUCUAGGCAGCCAUCUGAGCCAGAAGGUGAGCAUCCAAUGAGCAUAUUCUUUAAAAAGUACUAUGGCCCUUUUGUUACAAAUAAAUGGAUCAAGCUGCUCAUGGUGUUGCUGUACGGAGCAUAUUUGGGUGGCAGCAUUUAUGGGUGUACUCAGAUCAGGGAAGGCAUCGAUCUCCGAAAUCUGGCAAAUGAUGACUCCUACGUUAUUCCCUACUACGACGAUGAUGAAAAAUACUUCUCCACAUAUGGACCCAGGGUCAUGGUUGUCAUUACUGAGAGUGUAGAUUACUGGAAUGAGUCUGUGCGUCUUGACAUUGAGAGCUGUGUACAGAAUUUAGAGAACAUUUCCUAUGUAGAUAGGAACCUCUCAGAGUCAUGGCUGAGAGUAUACACAGAACUUGCCAAAGUACAUUCGAUAAAUAUUAACAAUAAGACUGUCUUCUUAAACAUGUUAACUAUUCUGUUCAAGACUGUUCCCACUUUUGAGUGGGACAUAAACAAGACUCAGGAUGAAAUAGAAGCUUCACGUUUCUUCAUCCAGACAGUGAAUGUGACAUCAGCCGUGGAUGAGAAGAAUCUCCUCAAUCAGUUAAGAGAGGCAGCCAAGCAGUGCAGCAUUCCACUGCAGGUGUAUCACCCAGCCUUCAUCUACUACGACCAGUACCUGGUGAUAGUGCAGAACACUGUGCAGAACGUUGUCGUUGCUGCUGGGGCGAUGCUCGUUGUCUCCCUUCUGCUCAUUCCCAACCCACUGUGCUGCUUGUGGGUGACUUUUGCCAUAGCCUCUGUUAUAGUUGGCGUUGCUGGUUUCAUGACAUUCUGGAGCGUCAAUCUCGAUUCUAUAUCCAUGAUCAACCUGGUCAUUUGCAUUGGGUUUUCAGUAGAUUUUUCUGCUCAUAUUUCCUAUGCCUUUGUUACGAGUGGAGAGUCAUCAGCCAAUAAAAAGGCAAUUGAAGCUCUCUCCCUGCUAGGUUACCCAGUCCUACAAGGUGCAGUUUCUACAAUACUAGGAGUAGUUGUCCUGGCUGCAGCAAACACCUACAUCUUUAGGACAUUCUUCAAGAUCAUGUUCCUUGUUAUUUUGUUUGGGGCUCUUCAUGGCCUUGUUUUUAUUCCAGUGUUUUUAACAUUUUUUGGAAACCUUGUCAGUUCUCCCCACAAUACCAUGUCAAAAAAUUUAGAGCAUAGGUUUAGAAACGAUAAAGACUGUCCAUGA